GCUAUUGAGCCAAUUCUUUUCUCCUCUCUCGCUCCCCGCCUCCGGCACGUCAUCACGGCGGCGCGGACAGGAGACGCAGGAGCUGUGCUGCCGCUGGGUGGGGGGGGAGGAGUAGGCAGCAGCCGGCCGCGAAGAGCCCGGGUGAGUUCCCGCUAACCACCCCCCACCCCGCCGUUACACGGCAGCGCGCGAAGGAGGCACGGGAGCCGCGUUGCCGCUGUGGGAGGGGAGGCGGAGCGAGCCGUGGCCGGCGGCCCGGAAGACCAGACGGGUGUUCGCCGUAGCAUCGCGGAUCGCCCACAGACACCGUUUUCUCUCGCCGAGCAUUUACUCGAGAUUGCCUGAGGCCGCCAGGGAAGGGCCGGGCUUGUAGGUGGCGGCCCGAUUCAUCGGAUGGAAGGAAACGCGCAGUGUCCGGAGGCUGCGUAGCUUGUGGCAGUUUAUAGCGCUUUGGCAUUGGAUGUGAUCUUCAUGGUGUCCUGGCAGGCAUCUGAGUCUUAAGUCACCCCAAUGGAAGCUGAGAGUGAUGUUGCAUUGGACAUUUUAAUCACAAAUGUAGUUUGUGUCUUCCGAACAAGAUGCCAUUUAAACUUGCGAAAAAUAGCAUUAGAGGGAGCAAAUGUAAUAUACAAGCGUGAUGUUGGGAAAGUAUUAAUGAAGCUUAGGAAACCCAGGAUUACAGCAACUAUUUGGUCCUCAGGGAAAGUAAUUUGCACAGGAGCUACAAGUGAAGAAGAAGCUAAACUUGGUGCCAGACGAUUAGCCCGUAGUCUGCAGAAACUAGGUUUUCAGGUGAUUUUUACAGAUUUUAAAGUUGUCAAUGUUUUAGCAGUAUGCAACAUGCCGUUUGAAAUCAGAUUGCCAGAAUUCACAAAAAACAACAGACCCCAUGCUAGUUAUGAACCAGAGCUUCAUCCUGCAGUGUGCUACAGAAUAAAAUCUCUCAGAGCUACUCUACAGAUUUUUUCAACAGGAAGUAUCACAGUUACAGGGCCAAAUGUAAAGGCUGUUGCCACUGCAGUGGAACAGAUUUAUCCAUUUGUGUUUGAAAGCAGGAAAGAAAUUUUAUAAUUUGCCACUUCAUGGUUAGGUGACCUAACCAAGCACCUUUUUAUAAGACUGCUGCACAUUGGACUAAAAGCAAAAGAGAGAGAAUUGGGGGGGAAAGGACAACUGGACCAACACAGCUAAGGAGGAGGUGCAAACUCUUGGCCACAACGAUAAACUCCAGUCCCUUUUGGAUUUUCUUUUGAACAGUGCUGUAUGGUAAAAAACAAACGUUUACAAGAUAUGAAAUUGCUGCUUUUCACAAGACAUUCUAUUUAUUUCUGCAGUAAUUUCCGUGUGUUCAUAAGCAGAAUUGUCAUGAGAUGCACUAACUUUGGAAACACUUCUUUUGUUUGAGCUUGUGUUUUAUUUGUGAAUAGUCUUUUACAUUUUUGUAUGCUGACUGUUGGGCACCAAAGAAGCUGUAGGCAUUACCUUUUUCACCUGACAGAUGUGCACAAAUAAAAGUCUGCAAAACCUCUCUUCCUACUUGUUCUGUUACAUUCCUUCUGCCUUUUCUAUUUUGUAUAUUGGCAAAGUAAGUAGAGCGAUGUAAGUGUAAUAUUUUACUUAUAUUUUGUUCAGUUUUAGAGUGUGUGUGCGUGCGUGCGUGUGUAUGUGUGUAUAAAAUGAUCUGUAGCAGACUAGACUGAAAUGAUUGGCAGAUGCAAAGUGUUCCAAGGGCAGAAGUUUAUUUGCUGUAUUUUUCUUGUAACUAAAUGCAGAAUUUGGAGGAUUUCUUUCCUGUCACUCUAAAUGAGAAUGUACUCUGGAUCAUAAUAUACUUUAAUGAAAAAUGUGUUCCAUGAAGAGAAGAAAAUCUUCCAUUCUGAAGCACUUGGAGGCUGUAAAAUCAACUAUCCCUGUUGGCAGUCCAAAUGCAAUAUUUUUUAAGUUGCUCAGCGAACAACUUCCAGUUAACUGAUCUCAUAUUUUUCAUUGAUUAAGUCCUAGGCAGGUCUAAAGAAUUGUACAUAUUUUUGCCAAAUGUUGUUAUAGUACUAUUACAAAAGUUUUUUGUUUUUUUUAAGUAUUGCUAACGAGCAAGAAAGCUUGGCUUUGGCAUGUAAGCUUUGGACUUGAAAAGGCAAUAUUGAAACAUUUGCAUAUGGAGCAGAUGAGUGGUAAAUCAUAAGGGAAAUUAAAAUGCUUCUCUUGCUAUCUAUAAUAAAUAUGUAAAAUGUG